AGGAAAGUGAUGAAAAAGACGGAGCCAAUAUACCAGGCAUUGUGGGCUGAUACGAGCUCCUUCUCCGAGGUCCUCAUCUCCCCCCUCAUGAUUCAGGAUCACAUGCCCGAUACUGUCCUCGAAGCCCUCCAAAAGUUGUUGAACCACUCAGGGCCAGCGAAGCCUCAACGUGCCCCUCCCCCAACCUACCUGCCCGCGUCUUCCUUCUGCCCCAUCACGAACAAUGGCAACAACAACAACGAACCCCCCCCGCAGCCCCCAUACCUCGAGACCAAUUUAGACUCCCCCUUGCUCAGACCCUUGCGAACCAAAGUGCCUCUAGUGAGCGUGGAAUACGCGAGCUUGCCGCGCCGCUCCAGCCUGCUGGACGACCGGGGCCAACUGCAACGCCGAGUCGACCUCCUCAACGACGACUGGCUGGGUCUCGCUCCUUUAGCCUCUCCCGAGACAAUGAGCGACGUCUCGAGCAUCGGUUCCCGUCGGAGUUUCUCUCUUCCCUACGACCGACCCUUGAACCAGAUAACCUUGAAGCAGCCGCCGUGGGAGAACGGAUUCGCCAACGGACGCGCUUCGGAGAGAGACGGUCACCUCCAUCCUCCUGGGAUCUACACUGUCCCUGCGGGCGACCACGAGCCCAUCCGUUACAUGAACGGGGAGAACAGCGGGUCCGAUACUGCCGGCGAGAUGAUGAACACGGACCCGUCGCUCUCGUCCGACAUCGUUACCUUGGAUCUCAUGAACUUGAACCGGGUUCGAUUCCUGCCGGAUGUGCCGGAUCUCCCGCUGGACAGCCCGGACGAGAAACCCCGGCGGGUGACCUUCGGCCCCAGUGAUAUCGUCGUGGAACCUGUGCCAAACAUCAACUGCCAAUCGGAUUCUUCUUAUCCUCUAUACAAACAGUUGAGUGCCCCGUCGUCGUCCGACACCCUGGACGAAUCCGCUCGUCCAGGGGAAUACGAGGAACUGCAUCCCUUGAUACGUCCUCCUAGUCCCUUCGGUCAGACCCAAGGGACUUACCUGUGACCAGAAUAUGCGUCUCGCUUUAGUCUUUUUUUAAAUAGAGCCUCUCCGAUUUUAUUGCUCUUUUUUUUUGCGCCCUAUUCGAUAGCAUCGAGUACAAAAAAAAUACAUUUUUAUCAUUAUCUUCGGAAUUCUCUUGAUCGUCAAGGACCUUGUGAGGUGAAGCUAGUCAUGCAUGCAUGCAGCGAUUCUCUGCCAAAGAUGGAGCCAGGAAGAGGGAUCUCCCUCUGCCCUUCUGGCUCUGCUUGUGUGUGUAUUUAUACUAUUUAAUAAAUUCAUUUGUUCCUCGGGG